AUGAAUCACCUUAUUUCCUCGAUAAAAGGAAUCAUCAACACACAUCACUUUCGUUACCAUCAUCAGCAGACAUCUUCAUCAGCACGCAUCUUUAUAGCACAUCAGCUUCUAUCUCGACUUCUAUUUGAAUCUUCUCCAGACUUCGAAAUCCUUAUCCCGCGAAUAUGCAGUUCUUCAACAUCAUCAUCGCCGCUCUCGCGCCUUCACUCAUCGCUGCACAAUACGUGCCGAAGACUUACAACAUGGAAGGAUCUUCAAUCCAGAGGUUCAAUGCCAGGGCAGAGCUGGGGAGUAUGGUCCAAGAAUUGCGUGCAGCCCGGCUGGCUCUUCCUGCACCUACGUCUGGAAGUGCUAGGCGCUCGCUCGCCGCUACUUCCGAUUGCUAAGCAGUCAGAUUCCGAGCUGAUUAUUUUCCAGGUUGAAGGGCUCGAGUCUGGAUACUCUGGUCUACGUAGCAGAGCCUCGGCAUACCCUGGACCUGAGUUUUGGAGCGUAGGGUUAGUUGGGGACGCCUGUGCUUUUUGGAACAUAGGAGAUGGUUUUAUGCAGUGUGGAUUCUUACCACUUUAA